AACAGCUGAAGUUGAAGUUGUGUGAAGUAUAACUGCAUCUAAGUUUUCCAAGCCAAAUUUUUCGAAGCUGAGUCAAGUCAAGCAUCGGUAACUGGAGCUUAAAGUGUCAAAAUAGAUGAAUUAUUUUUAAAUUCAUUACAAUACCUAUCGAUGCAUGUAUAUCGAUAACAUUUUCACAUUUACAUGUUUGUUUUAUCACUAUUUCGUGUUCGGGUAUUAAUAAACACACAAAUUAUCUUUUGUUAAAAUGGCAACAAACACAACUAUCGACGAGAACUUUGAAACUCCUGAUUUCGACGAAGAUGAGCUUGGAGAGGAGCAGUUUGUGUCGACCACGGCUGGAAGAAAAAGGCUAUUCAGCAAAGAGCUUCGUUGCAUGAUGUAUGGAUUUGGUGAUGAUAAAAAUCCAUAUACCGAGAGUGUGGAUCUGUUAGAAGAUCUUGUUAUUGAGUUUAUAACGGAAAUGACCCACAAAGCAAUGGAGAUCGGCCGUACUGGGCGCGUUCAAGUAGAAGAUAUAAUAUUCUUAGUCAGAAAGGAUCAAAGGAAGUAUGCGCGUGUCAAAGAUUUAUUAACUAUGAAUGAAGAAUUAAAGAAAGCUAGGAAGGCAUUUGAUGAAAUUAAAUACGUCGGUAAUGAGGCAAAAAUCAAAUGACAAAAGGCAAAAUAAACAGAGGAUUUUACGUAUUUUAAUUUAAUUUCAAAUUAUGUAUACUUAUAUGAAUAGAAACAAAAUAUUUUAUUA